AUGCCCCUUCUGGUCAUCUCGGGGUAUCCCUCCGCGGGCAAGACCACGCGCGCCCAUCAGUUGAAGGAUUUCUUCGAGUCCAAGAUCGCCAGCGAGAGCGCCGAUGCCCGGUCCAGCAAGCUCAAGGUCCACCUCAUCAAUGAUCAGUCUCUUGGCGUGUCCCGUGGGGUAUAUCACACGGCUAAGGCUGAAAAAGAUGCCCGGGCGGAAGAGUACUCUGCCGUAAAGAGAGUACUUUCCCGCGACAAUAUCGUCAUCGCGGAUGGUUUAAACUACAUUAAAGGUUUCCGUUAUCAACUUAAUUGUGAGGCGAAGGCCGUUCAGACUACAAGCUGCGUGGUGCACGUAGGGUUGACGGCAGAAAAAUGUCGCGAAAUCAACAAAAAGCUUCUAGCAGACAAAGAGCAGGAUGGAGGAUAUGAGGAAGAAGACUUUGAAAAUUUGAUCUUCAGAUAUGAGGAGCCUAACGGUAUGGCGCGGUGGGACAGUCCCCUAUUCACCGUGGUCGAAGAAGACGCGACACCCCCUUUCGAGCAGAUAUGGGACGCUCUCAUCGGCAGCGACGGCAAAGCGAAAGUCGUACGCCCAAACCAGGCAACUGUGCUGAAACCAGCCACAGAGCAAAACUACCUAUACGAGCUCGACAAAACUACCUCGGACAUUCUGGCCCAAAUCAUGACUUACCAAAAGGAUCAUCCAGGCGAGGGCGGCGGUGAGGUUACUGUCCAAGAUGUCGAAAAGCCCAUCGAGCUGCCCGCCAACACAAUGACACUUCCUCAGCUACAGCGCAUCCGUCGUCAGUUCAUCACUUUGAACCGCCAGCACAACUUCUCCAAAUCGAGGAUAAAAGAGGUCUUCGUCAACUACCUAAAUGACCAGUUCUUGGGGUGA